AUGGUGGCUGAACCCAGGAUCGAGGGGAGGCCUCUCCUGGAAGACUUUGAGUCUUCAAACGCUACCACAAUCACACCAGAUGCCGACUCCCAUCCUCGGAUGACCCUUCGCAUAUGUGCAGCAAUGUACUCGUUCGCUUUCUUAGGUGUGUUUACAUCAUCAAUCGGUGUGAUGCUCCAACCCUUGACUCGGCACUAUGCCUUGACGGACAUCCAAGUCUCUCUGGUCUUUGUGGUCGGCCCAGUCGGUUACGUUAUCGCAGCCCAGCUCAGCAGCCCUGUGCAUUGGAAACUGGGCCAAAGAGGCGUUGCGGUCAUUGCACCAACAUUGCAUGUUCUUGGAGUUUUGCUCAUUGCUACCCACCCUCCAUUUCCUGUCGUCCUGGUAGCAUUCGCGGCUGUAGCCUUGGGCGUUGGAUUCUUGGAUGGAUCGCUGUGUGCUUGGGCUACAACAGUUCCCAAUGCAAAUACGGUUACGGGAAUGCUGCAAGGGUCAUAUUCCGUUGGCGCGGCUGUGGGCCCUCUUUUUGCAGGUACGAUUCUACCUUCCUUCGGUAGACAAUGGUAUGACUGGUAUUAUGUUCUUGUUGCAGCGUCGUUGGCUGAGCUGUGUUUACUGUCAUUCGCUUGCAGAAAUGAAGACGCAGUAAAGUAUCGCGGAGAAAAGCAAGUUGAGAAAACCUCUGUGUGGCAUAUAUUUAGAUAUCGUGCCACUUGGCUAGUUUCCUUGUACUUCUUCGCCUAUGUUGGUAUCGAGACCGCCAUCUCAGGUUGGACAGUUCCAUUCAUGUUACGCUAUCGACAAGCAACGCCAUCGCUUGCUAGUAUGUGCUCGUCCGCAUUUUGGGGCGCGAUGGCUAUCGGAAGAUUUACCUUGGGUGUCAUGACAGACAAACUUGGCGUGAGGCGAGCAACUGUUGGAUACUUCAUUAUCACCAUCGUGUUCCAGAUUGCUUUCUCUCUAGUUCCUGGGAAAGUGUCAUCUGUCGUAUUUGUGAGCUUUAUUGGCUUCUUUAUGGGGCCUAUGUUUGCCUCUGGGAUUGUCAUGGUCACCCGACUUUUACCUCCCGAAUUACAUAUUGCUACUGUUUCAUUUGGGGCCUCUGCAGGGCAGAUCGGAGGAGCAAUUUUCCCGUUCGGUAUAGGAGCUUUCAUCCAAGGUGUUGGAAUUGGAAUUUUCCCUUAUGCAGUUGUCGUUCUGUCCAGCUUCGCGUUUUUGUCUUGGCUUCCUGUUGUAUCUCAACACUCGUUAAUGGUAUCGCACAUGGCUCUUGACGAUGAAGAGUAUACAGAGUUCGAGCUAGGAUCUGAGCAGGAGUCUAGUUCGCAAUAG